AUGAACACAGAAAUAAUACCAAAGACAGAGACAGAGUACAAAGCCAUGGUGGAAGCCAGGGAAAGAGUAGGCAUUCCGGCCACCUUUGUAUCUUUCAAAAGAUCGCAGAGAUCUGUCCACCCAAGAUACGCUCUGCUUAAAAUGGAGAAUGUAACUACAAAAGAACAGGCAGAAAAGUACAUCGGAAGAGCCGUUGAGCUUUACAUUCCAAAAACCAAAGUGCAGCUGUCCGGGUACAAGGAGAGAGUUGUUAUGGGAUACAUCCACAGAGUGCACGGAAACUCUGGAGUGGUCAGAGCAAGGUUUGAGAAGAACCUGUCGCCUACCUUUAUAGGGUCACACGUAUACGUACAGCUAUACAAGGCCAAUCCAAACUACUUCCAAAAGGACUAA